CAGCACUCUACAAUGUAUAUAAAGGCUGCAGGGCCAUAAUACGCUACUGAGGUUUUAUAGUGCAGCCAAAAUGGGAAAGGUAAGAAUAUUGUUCAGCUCCUGUUUUUAUAGGCAUCUAUAUACAUAACCAUGUUUGGACAGAUUUAAAAUAUCUACUAGUUUUGGAUUGAAAGAAGGCAGUCUUAUGAGUUGAUAUAUAUCCCUGAUAUACCAAUUGAAUGCAGUUUUGCAAUGUAUAUUUAUUGCAAGUAUAAUCUUUUUAAGGGCAAAUAUGGAAUUCUUUGAUAUUCUAGUAAAUAGGGUACUUUUGAUUUGUUUGCAACAUGCCUGCAGACUGAUUACGUAGAUGGAAAACAAAAUGGUAGUAAAUACUUUUAUCACUGUUUAGUUUAUUCUAUACAAUGCACAGUGUAGCCCUAAAUAUUUAAGAACCUUACCCAAUAGAACUUUCAAAUAGUUUACAGUAAGGAUUGGGGGUGAUUAUUCUGAUUGAAUGUUAGAAGGUCAUUAAUCAACUACAGCACCUUGACUUACAGUAUUUCAAUUUGUGGCGAUUCGCUAGUACAAUGCUUUUCAGUUAUAUUCAGAUAAUUAAUUUCCGUUAUCUUCAAUAUUUUAGGGUUAAUAGUAUAUACUGUGGUAGUAUUUUGUAUUUAUUAUUUUUAUAUUCACUUUGUUUUUGGUCUAGAACUAUAGGACAUUUAAUAAACAUUUAUUUAUUUAUUUAUAAAAUAUUUUACCAGGAUGGAUUCAUUGGGAUUUCUCUUGUUUUCAAGUAUGUCCUGGGUCCACAAAUCAUUGCAUUGUUACAAUAGGAUACAAUAUUACAAAAAAUACAAUAUACAAACAAUAUAUAUAUAUCUAUAUAUAUAUAUAUAUAUAUAUAUAUAUAUAUAUGAUGUAUAUAUGUUUUAUAUAUAUAUAUAUAUAUAUAUAUAUAUGUCUCAAUCUUCCUUGCACUACAUGCUUCAAUGGUGUGUUGGCUUAUAUGCUGGGUGCUGGAUCCAGGUCAUAGAUAUCCAUAAAAUUCAACAGAUGGCCCGCACUCCAGGCUCCGUUUAAAAAGUAACUUUUAUUCUUACAUCAAAGUAAAAAUGAUGUGCCAAAGGUCAAUGUUUCAGUCCCAGUUCAGGACUUUCAUUAUAUAACAAAGUAUAGAAAGUCCUUGCACUCACGCUUAGGUAGAAUGUUUGCCGGGUGCUUGAAAUCCAGGAAAAAUUUGAAAUAUAUGUAGAUAGUGAUCAGCACUCUUGGUCUUUAGAGAUUAAAACGUGAAGUUUAUUGAUUAUCCAUUAAAAAUAUAUACGACGUUUCAGUCUCAGCAGGGACUUUCCUCAGGAUCAGCCUGAUCCUGAGGAAAGUCCCUAUUGGGACUGAAACGUCGAUCGUAUAUAUUUUUAAUAAUCAAUAAACUUCAUGUUUUAAUCUCUGCAACCCUGGUAUGUACGCCACUGGUGCUCAUCACUAUCUACAUAUAUAUAUAUAUAUAUAUAUAUAUAUAUAUAUAUAUAAACAUAUUUACAUUUAAUACAUAACAGGUAAUAAAUAUAUUCAACCAUGCCAGGUGCAUUCUGUGCUGAGGUAUAUUGCCAUAGAUCUCUUAAAAGAUUUUAGAUUGAAUGAAGAUUUGACUGUGUCCAUGAGGUUAUUCCAUAAUUGCGGUGCUCUGUAGGAAAAGGAGGAUCGAGCCACUUUUUUUUGUAUUGCGGUAUGCUAAAUAUCGUGCUGGUACUGGAUCGGAGGUUAUCAGAGGUGGGAACAGCCAAGGAGAGCAUUCUACUCAGAUAGGGUGGGAGCUUCCCAGAAAUGCUCUUAUGCACAAGGCUGGAAAGAUGAUGAGUACGUUGGGAUUCCAGCAACAGCCAGUUUAGCUCUUUUAACAUGUCACAGUGGUGGGUAAAGUAAUUACAUUCUAGUACAAAGCAGCAGAAUUAAUUAUAUAAUGUAUUACGUUUAUUAAGGUGGGUUUGCGGUGCUGGUGCAUACACUACAUCCCCAUAAUCAAUGAUCGGCAUCAGCAUUUGUUGCACUAUCUGUUUCCUUACUGUAGGGCUUAGGCAGGAUUUGUUUCUGUACAGGGCACCUAGUUUUAGGUAAAGUUUUGAAGAGAUUUUUUCACUGUGAAGGCCAAAGGAUAUAAUGUUUGAUCAUGUAAACGGGUUUUAAGGCUUUUAUAUGCACUUUUAAAAUGAAAAAAAAGUGGUGGUUUGUUACCUAAACUGCCGUAUUUGUAAGGUAUGCCUGUAAAUAUAUGUUUCCUUAAAAAUCAUUGAACUCAGAAAAGCUAAUGUGAAAAGAAAAUGAUCAGAUUUCAGAAAGUUAGGGGUAAUAAGUUGUAGCAUAGAUGCUAGAUUCAAACUCAAUUGUCCCCAAACAUUUUUGAAAAAUAUAAACCAAGAAAAAUGAAUAUUGACAUAUAGAAAGACAUAAUGUGGAAGCCAGAAAUAUGUUCUGAUUAAAUCUGUUCUAGGACCUUGUGUGCAAUCAACUCUUAUAAUGAAAUAGAAAAUGUAACUAGUGAGCACGUUUUAAAAAAAAAGUUCCACUAGAACUAUAGAUUUUUCUUUUAAUUGUUUAUUUAAUUAAUUGUACUCCACUCUGAUGCAGAAUGAGUGAAUGUUGUAAAUGUUCUGGAUUAUCCACUAUAUCUUUGCCAUAUUUCCCAAAUAGAGAAUUGCAAGGAAUUACAAUUUAUAGACACUUAAUGAAUAACGAAUAUUUGCACAUGUCUAAUAUGUAACCCCUUUGUUAUGGAUUUGUGACAUACCCUGUAAGUUGUAAACACUUACUAACAGUCAACAUACAGGAUGCAGCAACUGUUUAAAUUUCAGCAAAUCACAGGUCUCACCCCCAAAACAGUAUAACACAGUCAUCAUAUGCCAACAUCAACUGUGAAUCAGUGCUGUAUUAGACUGUUGAAUCUAACAAAGAAAUAGCUGUAGAAGCCUGCCGAAGAUUAGAACACUGUGUUAAUCUGUCAAAAUGGUUUAGAUUUAGCUAGGAUUAGGGUUAUUUAAGGUUAAAGGAACAUUAUAGGGUAAGGAACACAAACAUGUAUUCCGUUUGUGUUCUUGACCGUAUAGUGUAAAUGUGUAAACAUGUAUUAGCCUAUAUUGUUAACCCCUUAAGGACACAUGAUGGAAAUAUUCCGUCAUGAUUCCCUUUUAUUCCAGAAGUUGUGUCCUUAAGGGGUUAAACAAAUUAUUUAGCCCCUGAUUGGCCCCUUUAAAGGUAAGUAAAAACUUACCUUUAUUCCAGCACCACGCGGAUUAGUCGGCACUAGCUCUGCCCCUGAUGUGACUCCUUGGCUGACAUUAUCAGAAUUGAUGAUCUCAGCCUAUCACAAAGCUUUCCCAUAGGACCAACCGCACACAUGGUCCCCUAGCCAGAAAUAGUUCCAUAGAAUUGCGGCUAAGUGCCGCUGGUACCGACCGGGAUCUGCAAAGUCUUUAUGACGGAAAUAGUUCCAGGGCUUUUAUGGCUAAGUCCCCAUAAGGCUGGCAAGCAGGCUCCUCCAGGAGCUCGUGGCAAACUCACAAGGACAGGGGAGUUUGUCACACCCAUGUUCUCCAAAAUGCAGGUCUUAAAACUUCUAGUGGUCAUACCCACUUAUUGAAGCCCACAGGGACACCAGAGGAGAUACACAACAUUCACAGUAAGGCAAGUUAAAAUAUCUUUAAUCUUAAAACUUUUACCCGACACAUAAGAUUUGAAUUUGAAAGCCAAACACAUCUUGCAGAGUACAAACCUGGUUGUUGAUUAAACAAAUUCUUAUUAAUUGCCUUAUGUGGUUUAAUAAAACUCCUCACUAGCUACUUCUUACAUUACUGGCCCCUCUAAAGAUAAUGUUCAGUCUGUCUCCUAAUAUAACUUUGACCUCACUAUCUGUUUUUAAAAUAUGCCAAUAUUUAUUACCACCGUAUAUCCAGGACAAUGGCAAUGCAUUUAUUGUCUAUUUUGGAAUUUUUCUGGACUUUAUUUUUGUAUUUCAGGGCUUCCGCUCUAUCAUACAAUUUUACCUCCUUUAAUUAUUCAUCUAAAAUUGUUGGUUUAUAUUUCUUCUCUAUAAAAUUAGUUUUUUAAAGAUUUGUUUGUGCAUCAAAUUUUUGUGGAUCACUGCAGUUUUUCAAAACUCUCACAAACUUUCCUUUGGGUAUUUUCUUUAACCAAGGUUCAUAAUGACAACUAGUUGUGUCAAUGAAAGUAUUGACAUCAACUUUUUUUUAAAAUAUUUUAGUUUUUAUCUAGGAAUCUUGUAUGUAGAUCACGAAGUCUAAAAAAUUUACCUUAAAUGGACUGAAUUCACACGUUAAAACUAUAUUCUUUUGGUUGUUAUUCAAAACUUCUAUAAAACAUUUUAAUGUAGUAACAUCCCCUUUCCAAAUGAAAAAAAUGUUGUCAAUGUACCUACAAUAGAGAACCAAACCCUCACCCCAGCUAUUGUCCCCCUCAAGGAAAGAUUAUUCCCACAAGGACAUGAAUAAAUUAGUAUAGCUGGGUGUGAAUUUGAUUCCUAUCGCAGUACCAAAAAGUUGUAGAAAGACACCUCAAACCAAAAAAAGUUGUGAUAUAAAAUAAGAUUAAUACCCACCAUUAUAAAAUUAAUUUGCGCAUUAGGAAUCUUUCUCAACCGUAAAAAAUAUUCAACAGCCUCACAUCCUAACUGAUGUGAAAUGAUAGUAUAGAGGCUGCUGAUGUCAUAGGUGAGUAAUAAACAAUCAUCCCCCAACCAGACUUCCUAUAGUUACCUAAUGAGUUGGGUGGAAUCCUUCAGAUAGGUGGGCAACUAAAGGUUUUAGUUGCCUGUCAAAAUGUUGUGACAGGUGACUCAAGAGGGAACCCACACCAGCCACAAUGGGUCUGCCAGGGGGGUUAUUAGGAUCUUUAUGAAUUUUAGAGAGGGUAUAAAAAAAAACUGGGAUCUUAUAUAUUUAUUUGGACGUUUAAAUAUUCAUAUUUCUCAUUCUUUAAAAUAUUUAAUGAUCUAUCCCUAUCAACAAAAUCAUGGUAUUUUAUCUUAAUUGCUUCUGAUGGAUUGAUAGUCAUUUUUUUAUAUAUAAUGGGGUCAUUCAAUUGUCAAUUAAUUUCUUGAACAUAGUCUUCCCUAUUUUAAAGAACUAUGACCCCCUCCCUUGUCCACUGGCUUUAUAAUAGGACUUUCAUCAUUUUGUAGCUCCAUUGAAGCUUUCCUUUUGGAAUAGCUGAAGUUAUUAUUUUUAUUCUUAUGAUUUGUAGGGAUUUUCUUAAUUUUUUCCAUGACUAGAGCCUCAAAUAUUUGCAUUGCUCCACUCAGGGCCAGAUUAAGAGCCAAUUGGGCCUUGUGCUGACAAUUAUGAUGUGCCUAAUUACAGAAUCUUAUCGACCAAAAACACUAAAACAGUCAUCUCCCAAGCGUUAUUUAUCUGAGAGAGGUGCUGCCAGAGGGAAACUCAUACCCUAUGCUAAUCUCUCACUUUCAUCUUUCACGUAAAUUCAUGCCCCCUAACAGCAAUGUCCAGUGAAGCAUCAAUGGGUUGGGUAAAAGGGUGUGCCACUGAUGCAAAUCACAUAACCAGAACCGUUGAAAGAGACAAACCGCCCCCCCCCUCCCCCAAAAAAAGGCAUGUCUUCCCAAAGAAUUGAAAGGCCAGUCUGUUGGGAAUUCAUGUCAGGCUGCCUGCCAAUCAUGCAGGCUGGCCAACUAAUAUCGUACUAUGCAGACAGCACCCUGAACUUGGCAUAAAUGCACCCAAUGAUGCGUUCGCACCAUGCUUUCUGAGGACUGUCCCCCAGCGCUCAUAUGUCCACUCAUUCCCUUACCUUCUUACUAGCAGGCAGAAGCUCCUAGUAUAUAGGCUGGGACAGAGAAAAGGUGUAUGUAGUGAGUGUAGAAGAAAGAGGAUAUGCCACAGUGUUAGAGAGACCAAAGUCAGGAUUUCCUUAACGAAUUAGUCAGUCCACACAAGUUUUGUUCCCCUACAUCCCUCUUAAGUUUCCAUACUUAAGCGAGAGUAUGUGAAGAGUAGUGUGUAAAAAAUUUUUUUUUUUUAAAUCAGUGGGCCUGGAGUUGCAUCAGCUUUAAUGUUAAUCUGGCCCUGGCUCCACUUAUUUAAUUUCUUGGAGAAAAUGUAGAUUUGUUUCUUAAAUCGGUAUGUAUAAAACUCAAAGUUUCUUCUAUUUCUUUAUGUGGGGGAUGUUUACUAAAAUAAUUUGUGAGACACAUUUUACAAGUGAAUUUUUGGUGAUCAGUAAAAAUAAUAAACAGAUUUUUCAAACAUUUGGGUGCAAACUUUAAACACCUACUAAGAACUUUCUUUUGGUCUUUAGACGGAAUUUUAUUAGAUAGAUUUUGGGGGGGGUUGAUUGUUUAUCCGCAUAUAUUUUGUAAGAUGGAGGGCGAUUACCACUUUUUUGGGGGUAAUCGAGCAUGGGCAUAAUCGUUUAGAACCCUAUAAAAUUUUCUCUUUUUGAUAAUCAAAGUUUCUUGUUCCACUUUUUCUACACUAUUCUUUAAAUUUUUUAGAGAAUUCUCUAUUUCAGGACAACCUACCACUGGUUUUAAUCAAUCUAUUAUUGUAUUAAUUUCUCUAUCUAAGUCUCUUAGAUUAUGUUUACUUUGUUGAAUGAUGAUGGAUAUCAUUCAGACCAAAAAAAGUUAUAGGGCCAAACAAUAUCUGUAAAAUUUGCCAUGAUUACUCAUUUAACCAAAAUUUCAAAUGAGGAUCAUACAAUUUUAGUCAUUCUAAAGGAAGAAAUACAAUCAGGUUACGAGGAACCAAAUCUCCAAUCACAGUUUAUAUUCCUGUCUUGUUAUAAAAAACGGCCACCUUCCUUUAAUAAAAGUUUUGCUUUAUAUCAUUUCCUUUUUUAGAUCACCUUCUACGAAGAUAAGCAUUUUAAAGGCAAAUCCUAUGAAUACCAUACAGACCAGCCUGACCUCCAUCCUCACUUCAGUCAUUGUAAAUCUAUCAAGGUAGAUGAUGGAUGCUGGAUUGUAUAUGAGCGGCCUAGUUACAUGGGAGAGCAGUACUUUCUGAAGAAUGGAGAAUAUCCAGACUUUCAGUGUUGGACAAGUCUCAGUGAUUCUGUUAAAUCUUGUCGUUUGGUACCAAAAGUGAGUUCUUACAAAUAAGGUGUCAUUGAACAAAGGUAUAAAAGGCCCAUAAGACUUGACCAGUAAAGAGUUAACACAUUUUUGCAUUCAUAUAUUUUGCCUUCAUUCUUAUCAAUUGUGUCCACACAGUCAUAUAGUGAGAGAAAAAAGUAUUUUAUUCCCUGCUGAUUUUGAACAUUUGUCCACUGACAAAGAAAUAAUCAGUCUAUCAUUUUAUUGGUAGGUGUAUUUUAACAGUGAGAGACAGAAUAACAAAAAAAUGUAUCCAGUAAAAUGCAUGCCAAAAAAGUUAUAAAUUGAGUUGCAUGUCAAUGAGUGAAAUAAUUAUUUGAUCCCCUAUCAAUCAGCAAGAUUUCUGGCUACCAGGUGUCUUUUAUAUAAGUAACGAACUGAGAUUAAGAGCACUCUCUUAAAGGGAGUGCUCCUAAUCUCAGCUUGUUACCUGUAUAAAAGACACCUGUCCACAGGAGCAAUCAAUCAGAUUCCAAACUCUCCAAAGAGCUGUCCAAGGAUGUCAGGGACAAGAUUGCAAAAGAAAAAGUCUCAGACACUCACUGUGAUAUGUUCAAGGCAGUUUUAUUGGAUCCGCAACGUUUCAACCUGUACCCAGGUCUUUAUCAAGCUUUAUCAAGGGACAAGAUUGUAGACCUACACAAGGCUGGAAUAAGCUACAAGACCAUAGCCAAGCAGCUUGGUGAGAAGGUGAAAACAGUUUGUGCGAUUAUUUGCAAAUGGAAGAAACACAAAAUAACGGUCAGUCUCCCUCGGUUUGGUGCUCCAUGCAAGAUCUCACCUUGUGGAGUUUCAGUGAUCAUGAGAAUGGUGAGGAAUCAGCCCAGAACUACACAGGAGGAUCUUGUUAAUGAUCUCAAGGCAGCUGGGAUCAUAGUCACCAAGAAAACAAUUGGUAACACACUACGCUGUGAAAAACUGAAAUCCUGCAGCACCCGCAAAGUCCCACUGCUCACGAAAGCACAUGUACAGGCCCAUCUGAAGUUUGCCAAUGAACAUCUGAAUGAUUCAGAGGAGAACUAGGUAAAGGUGUUGUGAUCAGAUGAGACCAAAAUCAAGCUCUUUGGCAUCAAUCCAACUCGCUAUGUUUGGAGGAGGAGGAAUGCUGCCUAUGACCUCAAGAACACCAUCACCACCGCCAAACAUGCAGGUGGAAACAUUAUGCUCUGGGGUUGUUUUUCUGCUAAGGGUACAGGACAACUGCACUGCAUCAAAGGGACAAUGGACAGGGCCAUGUACCAUUAAAUCUUGGGUGAGAACCUCCUUUCCUCAGCCAGGGCAUUGAAAAUGGGUCAUGGAUGGGUUUUUAAGCAUGACAAUUACCCAAAACACACAGCCUAGGCAACAAAGGAGUGGCUCAAGAAGAAGCACAUUAAGGUUCCUGGAGUGGCCUAGCCAGUCUCCAGAACUUAAUCCCAUAGAAAAUCUGUGGAGGGAGCAGAAGGUUUGAGUUGCCAAACAUCACCCUUGAAACCUUAAUGACUUGCAGAGGAUCUGCAAAGAGGAGUGGGACAAAAUCCCUCCUGAGAUGUGUGCAAACCUGGCGGCCAACUACAAGAAACGUCUGACCUUUGUGAUUGCCAACAAGGGUUUUGCCAACAAGUACUAAGUCAAAGGGGUCAAAUACUUAUUUCACUCUUUGACAUGCAAAUCAAUUUUUACCUUUUUUGACAUGCAUUUUUCUGGAUUUUUUUUGUUUUUGUUAUUCUGUCUCUAACUGUUAAAAUACACCUACCGUUAAAAUUAUAGACUGAUCAUUUCUUUGUCAAUAUGCAAACGUUUAAAAUCAGCAGGGGAUCAAAUACUUUUGUCCCUCACUGUACACACAUACAUAACUUGCCAGACCCACCAAACUAUCAACAACAUACACAUAGACACAUGCUAGCACAAACACACACAUAUAUAGACACAAUCUAAUAAAAGAAACAAAUAUUUACCACCGUAAAGGUACUUAAACAGUCAGUGAACACUGACAGCUCACCUUUACACUCACAGUCCAAAUAACUAGCUUUGGUGAAAACAUCCCUAAGUUGAUAAUACAACUAUGAAAUUGAAAAUGUUUAGAGUACUUACAGUAGCGAUGUCCUGUUAGAGAUGGUUAGUUCUCCAUACUCUUGCAACAUCUAAAAGACAUGCACAUCAAUAAAGGUAACAUUUACAAUGUAUAUGUCACCACUUAAUAUUGGAGCAGCCACUGCAACAUCUGGAAUAAACCUGUCUCAGCAGAUCAGAGCUUGUAAAUAGCACACUACCGAAGUCUACACAUUUAUUUUCAAAGAAACUUUACAAGACUUGUUGUUCAGUUAGGGACAAUACGUGAAUUCAUGGUGGGUUUAAAAUUUAAGGUCAAUAUAGCCAAACAGUAAGUUACUUUUGCUUCACGUAUUAGACAAAAAAAAAAUGAAUUCUCUUUGAAUUCACUUUGAAUUCUCCCUUUAGUAAAUAACCAUGAUUCUUUUUAAAUCUGAGGUUUAGCUGCUUAAACUGGACAGCGAGAGAUUGCAGGUCUCCUGAAAAACUGGGAUUCAGUCCAAAUGCCCUGUUCACCUUUCCCAAGGGUGGCCUUACUCCCUUCUGUAAGAAAUAUACUCUUUAAAAAUGUACAAAUUAUCAUUUUUAGAUAUUUUAAAAUAUUUUUUUGAAAAGAUACUGAUAUCAUAAUUUCCAUUUCAAAUGUAAAUUUUUCUAUUCUGUCUAAUGAUUGGGACUUGGAGAAGCGAGAGGUCAUGGGAGUUCUCCUCCUUGGGAGAACAUUUGGCAAGUACCACCUCAAAAUGCAGUCACCUCCUAUCACAAAGCUUAAGGGAUGAAAGUUAGAAGUGUUGAAACGCUCUGUUCCUUAUUAGUUCCCUUAUUAACACCACACCAGCCUUUAAUAAGUGAACUAGGUCCUUUAUUAAAUUAUUAACACACAAUUCCACAGCAUAGGGAAUGGGAGUUUGAAGCAGUGGGGAAGCAAUACUACUUUCCAUCGCAUUCUCUUCACAGUAAAACUACGAGGUGGGGGCUUACUGUUCCCACCACGUGAAUAAUAGAACAAAUAAAUCAAUUGUAUGGUUGAUUUUUUUACAGGAUUUUAUUUAUUUGUUUGUUUGUUUGUUUGUUUGUUUGUUUGUUUGUUUCGAUCAUCAAGUAAUUUGUUUGUCUUUCAGACAAUUUUUUCACAAGUCUUUUAAUUAUUGUGAAGAAACUCAUUUUUUGUUUAUCUGACAGCUUCCUUAAAAAAGCAUUAUUCAAUAUAAGUAUUUAAUAUUGUCAUUCCAAUGUUACAAGCUGAAAACAUAAACAAUAUAAGAAUGUUCUUACAUACACAUAUACAUAUAGAUGUAUUUGUUAAUAAAUAUAUACACAUUGAAAUUGUUCAAUUAAUAGGCUUAAUACGCUCCUUGGUAAUAAAUAAACAUAUAUACACUAUCAUGCAGACAUUUUGAAAAAUAUAAUAAAUAUACAUUUGAAGAAGAAUUAUAGCGCUCUCUCUCUCUAUAUAUAUAUAUAUAUCAGAGAGAGAGAGAGAAAGAGAGAUAUGUCUCUCGAUAUAUAUUUAUAUAUAUCUAGAGAGACAUUUUGACAUGUGGUUCAUGAAGAUUUCACUUAAUGACUUCCAUUUUGUAUGUUGGGAUCUAGAACUAAUGCCAUUUUAUCUGUUUUCUAAAAGAAUAAAUAUAUGAAUCAGGAAGAAUUAUCUUGCUGUUAUAAAAAAAUGUGAAAACUGUAAUUGGACUCUGAAGGGACUGUCCUAAAUAAAGCCACCAGAUAAACACAAAUAAAAAUAAAACUAUCAGACUUUUGUUUAACAAUGUAGGUGGCACAAUGAGACAUGGCGGAAACACAAGCCAGUUGUUUAAGCUGUAUUAUAUGUGCAUUUAUUAAUUUGCCUGAGGUACCUAGAACCUCAUCUUUUAAGGAGAAUUUUGAAAGGUUUAAAGAUUUUUUUUUUUUUUUUUAAUGAAGCUGUUUCAUGCUAUUUCAUACCAUGCACAUUUUCUUCAAGUCUCUCCUCCCUUUUGAACUAUGCCAUAAUUACAUCAUCUUAUAUGUCUUUUCAUUUUUUCACCUGUUCUCUGACUUUUGUAUAUACAUUUUUUACAGUACAAAGGAAGCCAUCAGCUUAAGAUCUAUGAAAGAGAUGAAUUUAGAGGCCAGAUGAUGGAGUUUACAGAAGAUUGCCCCUCUGUGUAUGAUCGCUUCCUUUAUCAAAAUAUAUUUUCCUGCAGUGUACUGCAAGGUUACUGGAUCUUCUAUGAGCAGCCUUCUUACAAAGGAAGACAGUACUAUCUCAAACCUGGAGAAUACAGGAAGUUCAGUGAUUGGGGUGCUUCCGAUGCUAGAGUUGGAUCAUUCAGAAUGGUUGCGGAUACUUGCUAGUGCUACAUAUUUAACUUUGAAUAGUCAACUACCUUAUUUUGGCUGAUCUUUCAAAUAAAAAAGAAACAUUGGAAGUUCCUAUAAUUGGAUUGAGUAUUUUGUUCACUCUUUGAGAUACAAUGAUUAAUUCCCAGAGUUAAGAAUUUUGCUAAUCAAGGUGAAAGUAAAAGUCAGAUGAAAUAAAAUAAGGUAUGUCUGGGUAAAAAUUGUAUGAAGAAAAGGUAGUACAGGACAGACUGAGACAUAAAAGAAAUAUACACAG